AUGCUUUCAUCUCAUCACAACAAGGCUGCAAACGGAUCAUCUGAACAGUCGCAACAGUAUUACAGUAGUAGCGACUUGAGCGAUGUUGCAGAAAGCUAUGUUUCCACUAUGGAUAAAGAUGAAGUAAUGACCUCUAUGGACUUUACGAUGUCCCACGUCCAAAUCUCACCAAAAAAGCCCGAUAACAAAAACAUGAAUGGGAUUGAAGGCUUUUCACCCUCCAUUAAGGUUGACAGCCUGAGCUUUGUAGAGAGACUUCAGCGUAAGGAUCUGUUUAUCUCGACUGAUCUUUCACUUCCAUUCAGUAAUAACCCCGCCACCAAUGCGGAACGUAAAAACACAAUGGUCAACACCCCCAUCUCUUCUCCUCAGACACAGCUUCAACAGCAACAAUUACAACAACAACAACAACAACAACAACAACAACAACAACAACAGCAGCAACAACAACAACAACAACAGCAACAACACCACUCUUCUGCCACACAAAAUCAGUUCCCACUCAUCACACAUCCGAGCCCUGUACGAUCUGCAGGGAUUGAAGAUGAAUCCGUUGGCAGUUUUCAGUCUAGUAGAUCACUCUUGGGGAAUACCACGUUAUCUACACCUCACAACACUGGCUUAGUCAGAUCUGUUACAACGCAUGAACUCUAUUCCAUGAACGACCACAAUCUAGGAGACAUCAGUAGAAUGAAUAUCACCAAUUCGACUCAUCUGGACGCAGGAUCUUCUCCAAAGCCUCAUGCACCGCAGAAGAGACAAUUAAGUCGCUCCAAUGCCCAUCGCCGCCACUCUGUUUCAAAUAAUAUCAAUAAUAUCUCUAGCGGCAGAACUAAUCCUGACUCAGCCCAUGACGCAGCUCAAAAUAUAGCCAUGGGUAACGGAACUACCGGUGCUACCGACGAUACCGCGGCUAUGUCUUCAACAUAUCUUCCUACACCCACUUCGGAGGCAGCACUCCGUAGUACGGAUAAUGGUGAUCUUGGUCUUUACAUGGAUUACACUACGCAAUUACCGACCGCUAUACCACCAUUCCUCACACAAGCUCCUAUAAACACCAAUUCGCCCAGUGAAGCUCAUUCUUUUGACCAAAUGCCAAUUGCAAAUGCAGAAACAGCAAUAGGUACCUGGAAUUCAGGCAGCAUACUGGGGAUGCCUCCAACACCUAGCUCACUAUCCAUGAUAGGUACCACUAAAAAUACCACUAUCCAGUGCCUUCAGCAACCUCAGCAACCCAUGGUGGAUCAGAAGCAGCAAUCUCACCCACAAGUUUCAAACAGUCUCUCACAGCAGCAACAGCAACGAUCAGGUUCCAAAGCGGAAGGAAUUCCAGCGUCAACGUCAUCAAGUCAAUUAAAAGCACUAGCAACACAGCAGCAACAGGGACCUCAAACCUCCAAGAGGGGAUCAAAAUCAAAAGCAAAGCGCCGUGUGGGUAGUGUUCCAGCCACAAGACAACCACCUCCGUCAUACAUGUCUGCGGAGAUGCCUUGGUCUUCACUUUCGGAUCACACUCAGCAGAUGGCUUUCCAAAUGCUCUUUCCGUCACACCAUUGCACUAGUGUUGAGGCUUUCAAUGCCGCUGUAAGCAAGUUAUCCUUGCAACAGCAACAGCAGCGACAACAGUCACCACAGCAACAGCAACAGCAACAGCAACAGCAACAGCAGCAGCAACAGCAGCAGCAACAGCAGCAGCAACAGCAACAGCAGCAGCAGCAACAGCAGCAGCAACAGCAACAGCAACAACAGCAGCAAAAGAGUCCAAUAAACCGACUCUAUUACCAUGGCCCCGCACCGUGUGGUAAUUCAGAUCCUUUAUAUGAGUAUCUUGCCUCACCAACCGUUGUACCAGGCCUAGAAAUUAUUGGUCGCGACUACUAUGGCAACUUUGUGCAGAUUCUCCCUAUUUGCCCCGAAACGACCUGCAGUAUGAAUCAGGAUCCAGUCUAUUUGAACUUAUUGCAGGCCAUAUAUGCACAUACGAUCCCGUUCUUGGACCUUGCCCCAGGAUCUGAAGAAGAGACGCAACGGCUGAUGAGCGGAAGUCCUUCUGCCAUCACAACCCAAUCUAUCCAGCCACCCUUCAAGUAUCUACUCCCCCUUGACAACAGUAACAACGUGAGCAGCUCUGGAGCUGGCACGGCACUAUCUCUAUGCAAUAGCUACUCAGCCUUGACAUCUUCGGCCUCAACGCCUUUAUUCCAGCAGGCUAUCAAUAGCAAUACUAAUGGUAACAGCGGUAAUAACAACAAUAGACUCCACCGCCGCGCUUCUGCGCCAACCAUCAGUAUGACCUCUUCCUCUGCUGUUCUUAACAGCCGCCGACCUAGUGUUGCCUCAACCUCCAGUCUAAGUAACCCUGCCAAGAAGAAGAAGAAUGCGCAGCGGACACACCCAUACAAGACGACCAGCGCGUUCAAGGAAGACAAUCCAAUGGUCACGGAGGCCAUCUUGACCCAAGUUGGGGGCUUAGGUGGGAUCGGAAAUAAUGCCACCCCCAGUAGUACGACAGAUCCACGGCAUAAGAUCGCAGAGAAAAUGGUACACAUGGACGAGGCUGAAUAUGCAGUACACUAUUCCAAGCACCAUCAGUCUAUGAAUAGGUCUACAUCUGCGUCGACUCUGCGUUUGAGUCAGACCAUGACCACCUCUGUGUCCGACACUUCUUUGAGCUCUACCAAACCUUACUCCCUCAUGUCUUCCUCUAUUUCUGCGCCAUCUAUCGCUCAUAUUCAUAUGACCGCCAUCCAUGGCAGUAACGGGAACAGUGCGGUCUCUCCCUUAGAAUCUAUUGGCGCCACAGACUUCAUUAGAGUGCUUUCAGAGUGCAACGGUGACGUGGACGGGCAAGGUUCGCAUCCCAAUGUUAGCUCUAACGAAGCUUCUUCAGCCUCUGAGAUGGCUUUUGCCACCGACAAUGCUCUUCUUAGCCUGGAGAACUUGAUGAUGAUGAAUAGUACAGAUGCAGCGGCGGUCCAAGCUGCAGCCGCCGCAACGACCUGGCCUGCAUGGUUUGACCUUCGCCAGUUGGAAAAAGAUGUCUGUCAGGAUGGUGGCGUUGCCGGGACCAGCCCCUUCACUGCCUCUACUCAAGAAACUGGCUUUUCAUUCUACCCCUCCACAUCCAUUUCGACUUCCAUGGCUACUUCGUCUGCGAAGCCAUCACAGGAGGGCAACCAUGAUGGCAACACAGCUGGCUUGCUUCUUAGCUCCAGUACAGAUUUGUCUAUAAUGGAUGAUCUCUUCGACAGUGAGCAACAAACUCGACAAAAACAAGUGAAUGUAACCCCAGCCUCAACAUCAAAGCCGAGCCAAGGUCAACACGACGACAUGGCGUUGGCCCUCCCUGUGCAUUCAAAAUCAAGUAAUGGCAAAGAUGUUUGCCAUCAAAAUAGCACCAGCCAAGUGUUAGUCUUUGAUCAAUAUCCAAUGGGUGUACCCCCAUCAUCACGUAAGUCCCAAGGUAGCAGCAGUAACGGCAGUAAUAACAUCGGUAGCAGCAAUAGUGCCUCUGUACCUUCGUCUUCAUCCUCGAUUCCACAUCUUUCGAACAGUUCUUCCGUAGAGAUCAACAGCACAACGACAGUUGCUUCAACGAAUGACGAUGGAAAGAGUGCGGAGCUCAAGAAGUCCAUUUCCAAUGAUCUCAGUAUCCCCUAUACGUCAUCAUUAUUGACUGUCCUUCCGUUCUCAGCUCAACAUUCGCGUCCCAUCUUUCCAACGCGUGGCAACCGUCGUUCAGGUUGGUAUCGAUCCAAAUCCGUGGCAUCACAAGAGUUGAGCCAGAUCACGGGUGUAGAUUACACCACAACGUGUUGGUACGAUGUAGAACAACUCCAGAACGUUGUCCGUGAUUCGAUCUUGUUUCAAGAAUCGAGCGGAUUAAAAUCUUUGGAGGAUUUGACUGACCCUUAUCCUCCUCAUUCUUCUUCUUCUUCGACUACAACUAUAUCAACUACAACAACUCAAGAAAGCCUAUAA